AUGUCUCGCAUGGGCAAGAAGCAGCAUAAAGCAGGUCUCUUUGCAGCUGCGAUUAUUCUCGUCACGCUCCCAUUGUUUUUGUGGCUGUCCUCUGGACCGGCUCCACAUUCAUUCCCCUGCUCGGUUUCAGCCCGCGGCCUGGACUCCUCCAGCCAGGGCCCGGCCAGCGGGCGCGCCAGCCUGCGCUUGGAGCCCCGGGCUCAGUCCUGGGCCUGCCUCUGGGCGCCCGGGGACGCCUGGGAUGGCCGCCGUAGGCAGGGAGCAGAGCAGCCUUGGAACCUCCCCCUCCUUAAGGAGGCACCCCUGACUCUGAGGACACCCACUGACUGGGUCUUGCAGAGCCUGCAUCUGUGCGUGAAGGAACUCCAACCUGAGGCCGAGGGAGCCCCUGAGCCAGAGCUGGGUCACGCCGCCAGGGCAGCGCACUGCCCGAGACGGACGUGGCCGUUUCGACCCAGGGACGCCUUGACCUCCAGAGCGGAAGUUAACGCCGGCCCUGGCUUCCGUCCUGCCCCCUCCUUCCCGGCCAGGCUCCCUUUUCCAAGUCAGGGGAACGCUCUGCUCGGUGACUGGAGCCCGAGGUCCUCGGGGGCCACUGCCCACAAUGCUCUUGGCUUCCCGUUCGCGCACACGCAGGGCUUCCCAGCCUCCUGGCUUCUCCCCUGCGAGGUGUGCAGCCCCGUGGGUCCGCUCGGCUGUGCGCCGUGCUCCCGUGGUCCCCGGGACUCCUCCUGCCCACAGGCCCCUGCGGUGGGAGGCGGGCGGCCUUUUCCUGAAUUCUCAGCAGUGGAAACUGAAGACAAGACGGUCAAGGCGGGGGCUGGGGGAGAGCAGACAGCUCCACCGUUUCUUGGGAACGUCAACAGCCCCUUGUACCAGCGAUGCCGGCCGGUCAGGGGAAUGUGGAACGUAUCCAUUUCUCCCAGGUGGCACAUGCUUUGAGUGAGGAGGACGUUUUCACAUCAUGGCAUCUUCAUCACGACCCGUAAAUGCUGUCCACGGGAAAUGGUUUAGCUACAGUGCAGCCAUCUGCUGACCCCCCCGACAGGCUGGGCAACUUCCACGAGGCGCUCUCAUCGUGGCCUGCUUUUCCACUCGGGUGUAAUUCCGUUUUACUUUUAUGAGGAUUUAGCAUCAGUCCCCUCCC